GGCGCUGAAUCGCCUGCAGCGGGCCGGCGGCGCGGUGGCACGUGCAGGGGCGCGGCGGCCCGGCAGCCGGAGGGCGGAGGCCCGCGGGCUGCGCCGUCGGCAGCCGGUUGCGCGCUCAGCUAUCGAGGCCGCCCCAGCCGACUGGACGGAGGCGGCGCGACGUGGGCGGCCCCUGCCUGCGGGGGCGAGGCAGGCCCAGCAAGUGCGGCUAGCUGAGCGCGUCGUGGAGAAGCCGCUGGCAGGGGGUCCGCGGUGGCGGACGGCGGCGGCGGAGCAGGCUGGCCCGGCGGCCGUCGCCCCCGCGGCGACCGUCGUCGAGACCGCCCCGCCCGACAGCCGAAAGGAGGAGAAUGUUGGCGUCGGCGGGGAGGGGGCGGGCGACGUGGCGGGCCUUGUGGAGACGGAGCUCGUUGCGGGCGUCGACGCUGACGGGCUCGCCGGCGGCGGCGGCGGCGACGCGAGGAACGAGGGGGGUGAGGUUCUGGGCGCACUGGCCGAGGAGGUCCCCAUCGGGAGCAACCGCCGCGAGGAGGGCGAGGUGGGGAAGGGCGGCGGGGGGCGGGGCGGCGUCGACGCGGCCUUCGACGACAGCGGCGGCCUCGGCAGGAGGGCAAGCCGCAGGCUCACGGUGCUGCAGGGUCACGCGGCGGUCGGCGAGCACCUGAAGCGCGCGGGCCGUGCCUGGGUGGCCAGUCUCAUCGGCUGCCGCUGGAGGCAGUGGCGGCGCUCGACGGGCCUCGUGGGGGCGCGCGCGGAGCUCCGCCAGCAGCUGAAGAUCGCGCGCGCGGCCCAGCGCCCCGCAGGCCAGGCCGGCGAGGCGCGGCCGAUGAACCGCGCGCGUCUCGGCCCGUCGGGGGCGGGGGCAGCCCGGCAGGGGCAGAGUGCGGGCUGCGUGGCCAUGAGCCGCGCGGCGAGUGCCAGCUCCGGGCAGUUUUCUUAGGCGUCGAAAUGCGCAGUCGGGGCUUUUCGCGGGAUCCGCGGGGGUUCUUCGGAUG